AUCAAAAUAAAGUGAGUUUUAAAGUUUUACGCGUGGAUUGUUAUUGAAACAAAGUGGAAUUGCUUGUGUAAAUAAGCUAACUAGAACGCUAGUUAGUUAUUUUCUACAAAAACGUUACUUAUUUAUUGUUGUUUUCAAACUUGGCGCCACUACAAUUUCUGCAUCGCAACGCAACUAUUUGAGGAAAAAAGAAAUCGACACUAAUUUUCUGAUCGUAUUAAUUGAAAAUAAAGAAAAGUGUGUUAUUGUAUAAAUAACUGUACAAUAGGUUGAUUGAAUUGUUAGAUAAAUUUUCCGUGAAGUGUGAACAGGUUGUUUUAUUAGAUUUGUUAUGGCUAACAGCAGCAGUUCUGAGGAUGUUGGUGCCCCAAGAGAUUUUCAUUUAUCUACGUCUACAGACAGUGACACUCGCUUAAGCCCUAACAGGCAAAAGUGCCCGUUGUGUCGCAAGUUUAGGAAAGUCUUUUAUUGCAAAUCUUGCUUGCAUAGUGGCCUAUUUUAUAGCACAAAACAGAAAAUAACGGAAGGGUACAUAGAUAAACAGAAAGCACUGUUAGAAUUAGAGGAUAAUAAAAAAACCUUGGAAAAAAACUGCUUGAAGCUUCUAGACAGUAAACAAAAAUCUGAUGUUUUGAAUUCGCGAAUUAGACAAGCCAAAGACAGAAUAAGGAGCCUAAGAUCAGCAAUAGAUGAAAAAAAGAAAAAGAAAGUCACGAAUAACGAAAAACUAGAUUCCCUCAAAGAACGAAACAGAAAUUGUCUUAAAUAUUUACCGAGAUAUGAGAAGAAAGUUAAAGAGCACGAGUCUUGUGUUAGCUUUAAAUAUGACAAAUUAGAGAGAAUUAAAGAGAACGCUAGAGAAAAACAGGACAAAUUGAAGAAACUAUCGAGAUUAAGAAUUCAACAGCUUUUUAAGUAUAUUUUCCCCAUUUGCGUAGUUAAUCCCACUAUGGAAACCGAAUUAUCUGGAGAUGAUAUGGUGAAUGCACUGUAUGAAGCUUCACAAACGACAUUUAUAAGUGACCGUUGGGAGUAUUCGGAUUAUUGGGGCGAACUAAAAUAUUGUAUUGUUGGUCCAACAUUACCUGCGUCUGGUAAUUAUUCAGCAUACAACAUAUGGGUCGCUCAAAAUCAAGAUCCAGUCCCUGGAUCGAAUAUAUGUAGUACAGUCGAAUCAAAUCCAGCUUAUACCAUUAGCGCCGCCCUGACAUACACAGCACAAUUAGUUAGCAUCCUAUCAUAUUAUUUGAAUAUUAGACUACCUUAUAAAAUGCAAUAUAGUGAUUUUUGUACGAGCUGCAUGAAUGAAAAACAGUUUACGAGAAGAACCGCUCGUCUUAACGCUAACAUACUCUACUUGUGCUUCACGCAGAAAGUAGAUUUAACUACUUUAAAUGCAGCUAAAACUAUACACAAUAUUUUACAAUUGACAAAAGAUCCACAGGCCGAUUUAGGAAGAGAAGGGCCUAUUGAAUACGACAAUUAUCGAGCUUCAAUAUUGGAGGAGGAGAUAUACAAUGAUCUGAAAACCAGCGACGAUUCGGAUUUCGAGGAAGGGGAUUCGUUUCCAGUGGAAUGGGAGGCCGUGCCUCACGUGCAAUGUCCCGAAAUAGCGGCCGGAUCAGUUCUCAGUCAAUCUCCACAAAUGAUUGCCACUCAACAGGCAAGCAGCAUGGCGGGCGGUUUAGUGACCAGCGCUGCGGCUAGUAUAGCGUCGAUUUGGCGCGGUUUUACCGGCAGGUAGUUUCUGCUCCGAUUCAUCUACACGCCAAUAAAACGUGUAGCGAGUAUGAAAUUACAAGCUUCUAACUUUCGCAACAAAUUAUCUAAGGUGUACUGUUAGUUUUUGAAUAUGGAGGGAUAAUAAAAUUAUUUUGGUAGACAUUCGAUAAGAACAAUAAGAUUUUUUUGAUCUCUGGUUUCCUCUAUAUUCAAUUAUUAUAGUAACAACGUGUUUCAUUUCAUUUUCUAAAGAAUCAGUAUGCAUCUAAAAAGGUAGAAAUUACUUUUAUUCAAAUAUUUUGUAGUGAUUACAAACAUUUGUACAUAUUCCAUUGUUUUCUAUAUUUUAAAAUUGUAGUUUAUACAUGGUGUUCCAUAAUGACAUGCUAAUAUUUAAAGGAUCCAUAAUUUUAAUAUUUUUGGACUCAUUUCAAUAAAAAAAAACUCUUCAUAUGAACAUGUCCUAAACCUAAUUUUAAAAGCCUUAUUUUUUAUGUGAAACGGUGAGUCGUACGGAAAAAGUCAAGAAAUCAAAUUUGUUCUAAAUUGAAUGAGGAUUCCAAAAAAAAUUAUUUCAAUAUUAAACAGUGGCGUACCAUUUUUUUUCUCCAAAAAUAUUCAAUGCAAUUUUUGAUUCUUGAUUCAUAGAAGACGUGUUCUAGAUUUCAUACAGAAAAAAUUGAUUUUUUUCUUAAAACAUUCACAAGUUAAGACGUUUAGGACAUAGGUUCAUAUGAAGUUUUUUUCUUAAAAUGGGCCGAGAAAUCACCACUUAAAUAUAAGCAUGUCAUUUUGGAACACUCUGUAUACUGUAUACACUAAAAAAUAUUUUCAUACAAAAAUAAUGGAAUGACAAUGAUUUUGGGGAAAAAUGUUUUCUUUGUUUUUCGUUCAUUUUGCAACAAAAUAGAUGCUUAAUGUGAAAUGUCUUUGUAACCAUUUAAUUUUGUAGAUUAGUAUUAUCAAUUUAUCGAAUAUAUGUAUUAAUCAAAAUAGCCGAAAUUCGCGAAUUGAAACUUGUAUAAAUGAAGUGCUAUUUUUCUUUAACCCAUUAACUCUGUUCAUAAUUCCAAUAAAUUUGACAUGUAAACUUUAGUGCUACAAUUCACUGGAUAUUUGUGUAAACUGUUCAAAUCUGUGAUAUUAUCUGUAGACAAGAUAUUAUCUUUUUAAAUUAUUGACAACUAAAAUUAUCGAUUUGUUUCAAGAAAGGAGAUUGUAGUUUAAC